UGACGUUAGCCUUGUGGAUGGUUAUAACUUGCCUAUGUUAGUGAGCCCACAAGGUGGGACCGGCGCCGGAAAUUGUUCGGCAACUGGGUGUGUUGUGGACCUUAAUGGGCCGUGUCCGGCGGAGCUGAAGAUGAUGAGUACCGGCAGCGAUGGAGGCGGCGGCGAGUGCGUGGCAUGCAAGAGCGCGUGUGAAGCGUUUAGGGAUCCCAGAUAUUGUUGUAGUGGGCCCUAUGCUACGCCUGAUACAUGCAAGCCGACGGAUUACUCGGAGUUUUUCAAGAGUUCAUGCCCACGCGCUUACAGCUAUGCAUAUGAUGAUGGAACCAGCACCUUCACUUGUGCUUCUGCUGAUUAUGUCAUCACAUUUUGUCCUGCUCCUGCUGCCAGUCAGAAAUCAUCUGGAGGACAGUACGCUGGUGGGAGCAACGUUUCAUUGGUCAGUAGCAGUGGUAGUAUGUUAACCUCUGCCCCAUUACCGUUCUACACAAGCUUGAUGAUCACCAUUUUAGCAGCCCUUCGGCAAUUGAGGCAGUUCCAUUGAUCUUUGUUACUAUUACAAAAGAUUUCUGGUCCCUGAUUAUGCUAGCUAUUUGAAGUGGGCCACUCAUAUUUUUGCCCCACGAUUCUUCAAAGUUGUAAGAGUUUUUUUUUUUUUUUUUUUUUUUUUUUUUUUUUUUUUUGCAUUUUUGGAGUCUUUGAAGAAGUGGUAUCCAUGUGACGUGGGAAUCUCUAUUUCUUUUUUGGAUAAAAAGAAGCAGCAGCACGAAGAGCUAGCUAGGGAAACAAAAAGCGCCACAAGAACAAGAAGAAAGGGAAGGCCAAGUUGUAAAUUGCCGACGUAGUGAUUUUUUUUUUUACUUAAUUAUGAUGAUUGGUCAAUUAGCAUUCAAAUAGUUUUUUGUAAUAUAAAAUAAAAGAAAAGUGUGGACAGGGUUUAGUGGCAUGAAUUGAGAUAUCAUUUUUGUUUGUCAAGUAAUGCUUUUAAUGACAACAUAUUAAGAAGGGUUGAAUAGUU